UGUCUUGCAAAGCAAAAUGCCUCGGAGCAGGUUUCGGGCGCGCCACAAGGAUGAAAGCGGAGAGAGGACGGAAGAGAAGGCAGAGUGAAUGGAGUGAAAGAAGAAGGCGAGAAGGAAGGAGAAGAGAGAGAGGUGACAUGGAGAAGGGAAUGGUGAGCAGUCUUGCUGAUGUCCCCAUCGGAGACUCGGGUUCCGUGGAGGACGGUGGGUGUACUACCGCCGCACGGAACAUCCCGAUAUCGCCGGCGCAGGUUGAUGCAACCGAAGUGGUCUACCGAAGACCCACUGCCAACUUCGCCGCCAGGUUCGCCAAGAUCCUCUUCUUUGCGCACCUCGUCGCCGUAGCCAUCCUCAUCAUUUUCCUCUCCCUCCGUGGCUUCCUCGGCCGAAACCCAGCAUUCCGCCCUGCCCACUGGUUCGCGCCCCUCCUGACCGCCGCCGUGUCCUCCGCCCUCGUGGCCAUCCUUUGGCUGCUUUUCGUCCUCCGCCACCCCGCCAAAGUCAUCAAGGCCUCCCUCUGGCUCGCCCCGUCGCUCGUUUGCGCCGUUGCCGUGCUCCUCCUGACCGAUGGCGGCAGCUCCAGCCUGGCCUUCGCGGUGCUGGGCUUGCUCCUCGCUCUGGUGCAGUCUCUGUACGGCUGCUGGAUCGUUCGUCGCCUUCACCAUGCCUACGAGAUCCUCUCCAUCUCCAUCGCCGCCGUCCAGCCGACCACCACGCUGGCGAAGUACGUUGCGCUCGCACUCCUCGCCGGCCUCGUGUUCUCCUCCAUCUGGACACUCGGCGCCGGCGGUGUCGCAGCCGGCGGUGGCUCGCGGUUCGCACCUCUCUACGUGCUGCUGUUGCUGCUCAGCCUCGGGUGGACCAUGCAAGCGAUCAGAUACAUGGUUCUCGUGGCGGUGGCGCAGCUGGCCUACCUUAGUCUGGCAUUCGGGACGGAGACGGCCGUGCCGGUGGCCUUCGAGGCUGCCGCCAAUGGAGCACUCGGCGACGUGUGCUACGGCUCCGCCGUGAUCCCGCUGGUGGUGGCGAUCCGGGGGACAGCUCGCGCGAUGGGCCUGAUCGCUGGCGGCUCGGACGAGUUCCUGUUCUCCUGCGCCAGUUGCUACGUGGGCAUCGCAGACCACCUGGUGGUGCGGGGUAACAGAUGGGGGUUCGUCUACGCCAGAGUGCACGGCAAGGGGCUGGGGAACGCGUCGGCGGAGGUGUGGGAGAUGUUCAUCAAACAGGGCAUGGGGCAGCUGAUCGACACGGACAUCACAAGCUCACUCUGCUUCCUUUCCGGGGUGACCGGCGGUGGGGUUGCGGCCUUGGUCGCAGGGUCCUGGGCGACGGCAGCCGACAAGGGCCAUGUAACAGAAGCCACAGUCUACGCCUUCAUCAUCGGCUACUUCAUGACUCGGAUUGCAAUGGCUUGGCCGCAGGCGUGCGUGGCGGCUUACCAUGUGGUCUUCGCCGAGAACCCGCAGAGCCGCCGCAUGGGCCCCUGCAUUCCUACUCGGUUGAGGGAGCUGCGAUCAUCUCCACAUUGACCUCUCCACGCAUCAGAUCGGUUUCAAGAGGUUCAUACAUUACAUAAAACCUUGUCUGCUUUUGUCGCAUUUCACAAACAACUGCAGAUCACACAAUUUAUAA